AUGGAUGCAUGUCACAUGUUGUUAGGAAAGCCAUGGCAGUUUGAUAGGAGUGGUGUACAUCAUGGUCAUUCUAAUACCUACACCCUAACAAAGGAUGAAGUUCUCCAUAAGUUGAAGCCACUAAGGGAGGUGGAAGAAAAGGUAUGUAGUAAUUCCAGAAUAUUUUUUGUGGAUGGAAGGAAAUUUUUGGAAGGCAUGAAACAUGAACCUGUGUGUUUUUCUUUAAUUCAUAGAGUGGAUAAAGAAGAUAGUGUAGAGGUGCCAGUAGAAGUUUCUGGUUUGUUGGAUGAGUUUCAGGACAUCAUGUUUGAUAAUGUACUUAAGGGUUUACCACUUGUGAGUAAGAUUAGUCAUCAGAUUGACUUGAUCCUUGGAGCCAAUUUGUCAAACAAGGCAGCCCAUAGAAUGACUUUACCAGAAAAUGAAGAGUUGGACCAAUAG